GAGAGAAAGAGAGAGAGACACAUACAUUAAAGAGAUCAUAUACAGCUGCCUGUCUGUAUCAGGUUAGACUUGUUGGUUCCUGUCUUUAGGUAAAUUGCAGGUGUUGGAUCAUAUUGGAAACAGACUAUGAGGACUUAAUCUACAGGGGUAACAUAUUUAAUAUUCCCAUAGCAACGCAUCAAGCUACUGAUAAUGAGUCUCUGGACGCAACUCAGACUGUUACUGUGGAAGAACUUUACUCUCCGGAGGAGACAGAAGGUGCGGUUGCUGGUGGAGUUGCUUUGGCCUUUGUUUCUGUUCUUUAUUCUUGUGUCUGUCAGAACCACCAAUCAGCCCAUUUAUAAAACCCAGUGCCACUACCCCAAUAAGCCCCUCCCCUCGGCAGGUGUGUUGCCAUGGCUACAGGGCAUAAUGUGUAACAUGCAGAACCCAUGCGUUGAUCGGCCCACACCUGGCGAAGCACCUGGACAGGUGAACAACUUCAACAACUCCAUAGUCACAAAAUUUUUGAUUGAAGUUCAGACCAUCCUCGCAGAUCCCGCCCUCUUCGCCAGUGUUAAACUGCUCUCCGGUGACAUCGGUCAAUGGGCUUCUGUCCUACAGAAUGCAAACCUAACCAGAGGUCAAUCCAUUCCACUUCGUAGUUUGCUGAGAACCAAUGAGACAUUUUCAGAAUAUAUGAUGAACAGCUUGUCAGUGCCAAACACAACAAUCGCGAGUCUGAUGAAGGUGAAGGUUCGACUCGGCCAGAUACCUGCUCUCUCAGGUGGGGGCGAUCUGAGGUCUGUUCUCUGUAAUGCCUCAGUCAACAGCAUCCUGGACUUUAAUUCAGCCAAACAGAGAGAGGAGUUUCAGAAUAUUACAUGCUCCUUACCAGAAAGUCAGCUUCUCCUAACCAGACAAGUUUUCAUGCAGAACCUCGAUAACAUGAAACUAUUAUUCACUCUUCCAGUAGCCAUGGGUCUGAACCCGCUCGAGGUGGCCGUACUCAUGACUCAGACCAGCAGUCACGUCAGUCCACUGAUGACAGGGAUGUCUAAUUUCCAGACGUCAGCGAUGUUGAAUGUUGCAAACACUUUAGACUUUGGAUCGGAUCCACUUGGAAGUCUCAGUAUGCUGAUGUGUGGGACAGUCUUUAACUCAACAUCCAAUAACACGAGGAGCGCCACCGUCCGAACAGCGUCAACAGUCCCAGAACAACAGAACACACGUGCUGCAACAGCUGUGAUGGAAGACACAAACACAAGCAACAAAAACACCAGUGAAUACUGUAAAAAUUUGACAGACACAUUGGAAAGUUCAUCCAGCUUGCGUCUGUUCUGGAGAACUUUCAAACCCUUCCUGCAAGGAAAAAUCCUCUACACGCCUGAUACAAAUGUUACACGGAGUAUUGUUACAGAGGCCAACCGCACCUUUGACGCUGUGGCUAAAGUGGGUGAACUGGCAGAGGCCUGGCUGCAGAAUGAAGACGUGAUCUGGGAAUUUUUCAACAACAGCUCGCAGAUCAACACACUAAGGAUUCUACUGCAGAACCCUGUGAUUGCACCAGUUUUGGACCAGUGGCUGGUGGAUAGGGGCCUAUCCGCUGCGCUAAUUGCCAACUUCCUGUUCAACGGUCCGGAGUCCCAGCGUCGAGUGGGAUUGCCACCUUUCGACUGGAGAAACGUCUUCAACACCACCAGCCGCUUAGCAGAACAGCUCAUUCAGAUUCUUGGGUGUUUUGAUCUGGACAAGUUUGAAGGUGUCAGUAGUGAGUCUCUGCUGGUUGACCAUUCUCUGAAGCUCUUGGAUCUGGAAAGGUUAUGGGCUGGAGUGGUCUUCACCAAUCUCAGUGCAAGUGGCAGUGACCCCCACCCACCAACCCACAUAAGAUACAAGAUCCGUAUGGACGUUGAGGAGACGGAGAGGACGGACAAAAUCAAGGAGAGGUCCUGGUAUCCGUCAGCCCGUGCUAACCCGUUUAAUGACCUGCGGUAUGUGAGAGGAGGGUUUGUAUACCUGCAGGAUAUGCUGGACCGUGGAAUCAUUCGGGUCCAGACCGGCAUCAGCCAGCCACUCGGAGUUUACGCACAACAGAUGCCAUACCCAUGUUACGUUGAUGAUGCCUUUGUUUCAUCCAUCGGCACCAUCCUGCCCAUGUUCCUUGUGCUGGCAUUCGUCUACACUGUUUGCCAGACCAUCAAAGGCCUGGUUCUGGAGAAGGAGCUCCGUCUGAAGGAGGUUCUGCGGGUUGUUGGGGUUCGCAACUCUGCAAUCUGGUUCUGCUGGUUUAUAGAAAACAUGGUCCUUCUGACCAUUCCUUGUGCUUUUAUCAGUGUGAUGGUGAAGUAUGGAAAGGUUCUGCGAUACAGUGACCCUACGGUGAUCUUUGUCUUCCUCCUGGUCUUCUGCUUGGCCACUGUCAUGCAGUGCUUUUUCAUCAGUGUAUUUUUCUCCCGGGCGAAUCUGGCAGCCGCCUGUGGGGGCCUCAUCUACUUCCUGCUCUACCUGCCUCAUGUGCUCUGCUACGCCUGGAGGGACGUCCUGGGCUUUGGAGCCAAACUCGCCACGAGUCUGCUGUCGUGUGUGGCAUUCGGGUACGGCUGUGAGAAUUUCUCCCAGUAUGAAGAGCAGGGCAUUGGAAUUCAGUGGAGCAACAUCUGGGUCAGUCCGCAAGAGAACGACCGCUACUCCUUCAUCGUUUCUAUCUUCAUGAUGCUGUUUGAUGCUCUCAUUUACUGGAUACUCACCUGGUAUAUUGAGAAUGUCUACCCAGGGCAGUAUGGUAUUGCAAGGCCGUGGUAUUUUCCCUUUACUUCCUCAUACUGGUGUGGAACUCCAGUGGGUUCUGAGGCAGAACCAGACCUUUUCAAAGAACUGGAGGACCAGAGUGAUUACCUGGAGAAGCCUUCCUCGAGUAUUAAGGCUGGUGUGUGUAUCCGAAACCUGGUGAAGGUGUACAAGACGGGGAAUAAACUGGCCGUGGACGGCCUCAAUCUGGACUUCUAUCAGGAUCACAUCACCUCAUUCCUAGGACACAACGGAGCUGGAAAAACCACCACCAUGUCCAUUCUGACGGGUCUUUUUGCUCCUACUUCUGGUACGGCCUACAUUAACGGUUACGACAUACGCACGGACAUUGACACCAUCAGGAAACAACUGGGAAUGUGUCCACAACACAAUGUCCUCUUCAAUGAUCUUACGGUGGAAGAACACAUUUAUUUCUAUGCCUGUCUGAAGGGGCAGAGCUCUAAAAAAGUGCAGCAGGAAAUUGAUCAGAUGAUUAAAGAUGUCGGUCUGCCACACAAACGCAAAGACCUCGCCAAAAACCUCUCAGGUGGUAUGCAAAGGAAGCUGUCUGUUGCCAUAGCAUUUGUGGGUGGAUCCAAUGUUGUGAUUCUGGAUGAGCCAACUGCAGGAGUGGAUCCGUAUGCACGUCGAGGCAUCUGGGAGUUACUACUCAAAUAUAAAAAAGGGCGCACUAUCAUUCUGUCUACCCAUCACAUGGAUGAAGCAGAUAUUCUGGGCGAUCGUAUCGCCAUCAUCUCUCACGGCCGAGUUUGCUGCUGUGGCUCUUCUCUAUUCCUCAAGAAAACAUAUGGCAGAGGCUAUUACCUCACAGUCGCACGGGCCAAUCAGGAUAAAGUGAUGUCACAACGCACGUCCAAAUCUAAAGAGUGUGAUAAGUUCAGUGUCGAUGAGGGAAUUUGUAGUGACAGCAUCAGCAGUCUGGACACAUCAGAUGUGGGUGAUGUGAGUCAGCUGGUGCGGCGGCACGUGGCGGAGGCAGAGUUUCUGGAGGUCAUAGGUCAAGAGCUUGUGUUUGUGCUGCCAUACACAGCCGCAACCAACGGCAGCUUCGCUUCCCUCUUUAAAGAGCUCGACCUGGAGAAAAGCUCUCUGGGCAUUACCAGCUAUGGCAUAUCAGACACCAGCCUGGAGGAGAUCUUUUUGAAGGUGGCUAAAGACACAGAUGUUGAUGUGGAAUCUCAUGAUAAGAGUGGAGCUCUUGAAAAAAAGCGCAGAAGCAGCUCAAGGAUAUCAGGAAUACAGACUAUCAGCACAGCACUGGAAGGCAAAGAUGCAAAUACUGUGAAAAAUGAAGUGAAGGUGAGAUUCACUAGUCGAGUUGAGGACACACAGCGGCCCAUGUGUGUGAAUGGCAAAGGGUCGUAUGUCAUCAUGGGUUGGUCACUGAUCAGACAGCAGUUUUUAGCUCUGUUCAUUAAACGGUUCCAUCAUGCCCGCAGAAGCAGGAAGGGAAUCAUUGCUCAGGUGGUUUUGCCGGCGUUUUUCGUGUGUUUGGCACUCAUCUUCUCUAUGAUUGUUCCUCCGUUUGUGGAAUAUCCCAGUCUGGAACUUCAACCCUGGAUGUAUGGAGCUCCACAGAACACCUUUUUCAGUUUUGAUAGUGCUGGUGUAGUCCAGGUGGAGAGAGUGACAGACGCUCUGCUCAGUUCUCCUGGAUUUGGAACACGCUGCAUGGGCACCAACCCCAUACCUAAACUCCCAUGUAACCCGACGGGAGGCUCUAAUUGGAUCACUCCAGCGGUCAACCCAUCCAUCAGUGAGAUCUUUGAGAAGGGAAACUGGAGCAUGGCGAACCCGUCGCCAGACUGUCAGUGCAGCACUCCUCAACGCAGCAUCAUGCUGCCGGACUGCCCGCCAGGAGCCGGAGGAUUACCACCACCACAGAGAACUCAGAACACCACAGACACACUGCAGAACCUCACAAACAAAAACAUGACCGACUUCCUGCUCAAGAACUACCAGAAAUCAGGAAAAAUACGGUAUGGAGGCAUCUCUGUGGGUGGUGUGAACUCACAGGUCCAACUGAAUGAGUCUGAGAUUGCAUCCAAAAUCACGGACCUCAAAUCUCUCUUGAACAUCUCACAGAGUAACCUUACAGAUGAAAUCUUCCAAAAUAUUCAGAUGAUACUAGUGGAGCUGGGCACCAGAGACAAUGUAAAGGUGUGGUUCUAUAAUCAGGGUUGGCAUUCACUCGUGUCGUUCCUGAAUGUGGCCAAUAAUGGAAUUCUUAGAGGGAAUCUGCCCAUGGGACGCCGACCAGAAGAAUAUGGCAUUACGACAUUCAACCAUCCACUGAAUCUCACCAAAGGACAGCUCUCAUUUGCAGCAAUGGCGUCAACCUCUACGGACGUGGUGGUGGCCAUCUGCGUGAUCUUUGCCAUGUCCUUCAUCCCUGCAAGCUUCGUACUCUUCCUCAUCCAGGAGCGCGUCAGUAAAGCCAAACACCUUCAGUUUGUGAGCGGCGUAAAUCCAACCAUAUACUGGCUCGCCAACUUCGCCUGGGACAUGUGUAAUUACGUGAUCCCGAGUGUCAUCGUCAUUAUCAUCUUCCUGUGUUUCCAAACAAAAGCGUACGUCUCUCCACCAAACCUGCCUGCCCUCAUACUGCUGCUGGUGCUGUACGGAUGGUCAAUCACUCCAAUGAUGUAUCCUGCCUCCUUCCUGUUCAGUGUUCCCAGCACAGCGUAUGUAGUUCUCACCUGCAUAAACCUCUUCAUCGGCAUCAAUGGCAGUGUUGCCACAUUUGUCAUGGAGCUCUUUGAUGACCCGAAUAUAACAAAUAUCAAUAACAUAGUGAAGCAGGCUCUGCUGGUGUUUCCUCAUUUCUGUUUGGGCAGAGGACUAAUGGAUAUGGCCAAAAACCAGGCCGUGGGCACCCUCUACAAAAAUUUGGGUGAAGACCGCUUUGAAGACCCUCUCAGCUGGAACAUGGUGGGAAAGAAUCUGUUCGCCAUGUUUAUUCAGGGGGCUGUUAUGUUCAUCCUGACCCUGCUCAUUCAGUACAAGUUCUUCUGCAAACCUCGGUCGAUGAAGACACUACCAACAUCAUCUGGGAAAGAGGAUGAGGAUGUCGCUCGUGAGCGCGCUCGUGUGCAACAGGGAGGAGCUCAGAAUGACCUGCUCCAAAUCUGUGACCUCACUAAGAUAUACGGUAAGAAGAUCACUCCAGCCGUGGACAGAAUCUGUAUGGGCGUUCCUGCAGCCGAGUGUUUUGGUUUGCUGGGGAUUAAUGGAGCAGGCAAAACUACGACUUUUAAAAUGCUGACUGGUGACAUCAGCCCAUCAGGAGGAGAUGCCUUCCUCAAUGGAUUCAGCAUCCGUACUGAAAUGCAGUCGGUGCAGCAGAAUAUGGGUUACUGUCCACAGUUUGAUGCCAUAGAUGAACUUCUGACUGGGAGAGAACACCUGGAGUUCUACGCUCGACUCCGAGGGGUUCCGGAAAAAGAGGUUGCCAUGGUGGCUGAGUGGGGCAUUCAGAAGCUCGGCCUGGUGAAUUACUCUGAGAAGUCUGCAGGGACAUACAGCGGUGGCAACAAACGCAAACUCUCCACUGCCAUGGCUCUGAUUGGAUGUCCUCCUCUGGUUUUCCUUGAUGAGCCCACCACAGGCAUGGACCCCAAAGCCCGGCGUUUUCUAUGGGACUGUAUCCUCAGUGUCAUUAAGGAGGGCAGAUCUGUCAUACUCACCUCACACAGUAUGGAAGAGUGUGAAGCUCUGUGCACUCGUAUGGCCAUCAUGGUGAACGGCCAGUUUAAAUGCAUGGGCAGCAUUCAGCACCUUAAGAGCAGGUUCGGGGAGGGCUACACAGUGAUUGUGAGAGUGUGUGCUGAUCGUGCUGAUCUCAGUGCAGCGGAGGAUUUUCUGCGGGACUCGUUUCCUGGUAGCAUUUUGAAAGAGAAACAUCACAACACCCUGCAGUACCAGAUACCGCAGGGAGACGGCGCACUUGCACACAUCUUCAGUCAGCUGAGCAAACACCAGCAGGCACUGGGUGUGGAGGACUACUCUGUGUCACAAACUACACUAGACCAGGUGUUUGUGAGUUUUGCACAACAGCAGCGUGACGAGGAGGACGGUGCAUUUGAUAACACUGCUGUAGAUAUGAAUGAUGAAGCACAAACAUCUUCAAUGUAAACCAAAUAUCAGUCAGCAUAAACAAGCUGCUAUGGGCAUUUACCAUCUUUAUUUAUUUCUUAUAUAUCCAAAUCCCUAUGUAGACCACCAGCAUUAGUUAAAUCUUCAACGUUCAAGAUCAGAGAGCCAUUCCAGGAAGAAAAAAUCUCAGGCAUAGUUUUAUAUAAAAUAUUUUAUCAAAGAAUUUUACAUUUAUCAUUAUAUUUUUGUUAGAAUGAAAUAUCUGCUCAUUUUGCACUGUGAAACACCAGAUACUCCAUAUUUUAACUCCUAAUAUUAUAUAUAUAUAUUUGUUUUAUUUUGUUUUACAUGCAUAUUAUAGUUUUGCCAAAUGCUAGGAUCAUGCAAAUAUUGAAUAUUUAUUUUCAAUAUAUCAAAUCUACACAUUAAUCAAGGUUUUGCACUGUAUGUAUGAAGUGAUUCUGAGUUUAUUUUUGUCUUUGUAAAAUUGUCUCACACGCAUGAUUUCAGCUUUCACACAUUUAUGAAACUCAGGAUUGAACCAUGCUUGAAACUGUGUGUCGAGAACUAUAUGUACCUGUAUAUCAUGAACUGCAGCAAAAUAUUUUUCCCACUUUCACACGCAUAGAAAAUCUCAACACUUAUCCUGCAGGUACUCAGAAUUUGUAUGCACUCCCAUGUUCCUGUGCAACUCUGCUCAGAUGUUUGUUCUGCUUAUUGCUUUACGCACAGAAACACAUAUUAAACAU